AUGUCAACCGACCCAACCUCAACUUCUCCUCCACCUCCCCCCUCCAUCACCACAACCAACCUUUCCUACACCGUCCCCGACACCAACACUCCCAUCCUUACCUCCAUCUCCCUGUCCCUCCCCCCGCGCUCCCGCACUCUCCUCAUCGGCGCCAACGGCGCCGGCAAAACCACACUCCUCCGCCUGCUCGCCGGCAAACGCCUCGCGCCCCGCGGCAGCAUCCAGGUUGCCGGGGUCGACCCUUUCACGCAUUCCCCUGAAGGUGUGACUUAUCUAGGGUUGGAGUGGGUUUUAAAUCAGGUGGUUAGACGGGACGUCGGCGUCGGGGAGCUAUUGAAAAGUGUUGGGGGGGACGCGUACCCCGAGAGGAGGGAUGAACUAGUUCGGGUGUUGGAUAUUGAUGUUACGUGGAGGAUGCAUGCUGUUAGUGAUGGGGAGAGGAGGAGGGUGCAGCUGGCGAUGGGGCUAAUUCGGCCGUGGCGGGUGUUGCUGCUGGAUGAGAUCACCGUGGAUUUGGAUGUGUGGAGUCGGGCGCGGUUUUUGGGCUUCUUGAAGAAGGAGACGGAGGGGAGGGAGUGCACGAUUGUAUAUGCGACGCAUAUAUUGGAUGGGUUGGCCGGGUGGCCGACACAUUUGGUACAUUUGUUUUUGGGGAGGGUUAAAGGAUGGGGACCGGCUGAGGAGAUGUUGAAGGAGGGGGAGGCUAAAGAGGAUGAGGAAGAGGAGGAUGAGUUGGUGGGGAGGGUCGAAGGGAAUAGUAGGCUGGGGACGCUGGUUAUGAGGUGGUUGAGGGAGGAUUUGAAGGAACGAGGGCCGAGGAAUAGACGAGGGCCCGAGGGGAGGUCAUAUAUGAUUGGGGGGAUUGGAGGGUAUGGGUUGGAGUGCAAGGCAGCCAUGGAGGAGGACAGGUAG